AUGUUCAGAAAAAAUUUUCACGAUGGUUGGGAACGUGAAGGAGCGGCACUUGCGGUUUAUCAUAAGGGUGAACUUGUCGUAGACCUUCAGGGUGGUUAUGCGGAUGCCAGUUCUCUUCGACCCUGGACUCCGGAGACGCGAACCGUUAUUUUUUCAGCCAGCAAAGCGGUUGGGGCUUUAUGUAUCGGAAUGCUUGUCGAUCGCGGCCACUUACAAUACUCUGAUAAAGUCUCUCAGUAUUGGCCUGAAUUUGCUCAAAACGGUAAAGAAAAUAUAACCAUUGAUUGGGUUAUGUCCCAUAGGGCAGGUCUUGCUGCAUUUGAUGAACCAAUUUCAAAGAGUGAUGCAUUUGACCCUGAAAGGAUUGCAAAAAUUAUUGAGAAGCAAAAACCUAACUGGAUUCCAGGCACCAAAUCUGGUUAUCAUGCUAUAACCUACGGCUGGCUAGUAGACCAGAUUGUUCGCAGGGCAGAUCCAUUGAAACGUGGAAUCGGACGGUUUUUCCGAGAGGAGAUUGCUGUUCCAUACGGAAUUGAUUUCCAUAUCGGACUACCAACAAGUGAAGAGCAUACAGUUUCACGUUUGUCGCUGCCAUCUAAUUUACAUUUGAUGAAAGAAGUGUUAUAUGAUCCUCGGAUAUUGGUAAUGCUUGGAAUUUUAAACCUAAGACCACCAAAUUCAAUCGCUUGGAAAGUACGAGGAAAUCCGGAUUGGCUCAAACUUGAAAGUAAUAAAAUCUCCUUUAACGAUCCAGAAGUACAUCGAAUGGAGCAAGUGGCAGCGCUAGGAAUUACUAAAGCUCGUGAUCUUGGCAAACUUUUUGCGCUAUUCUUGAGUCGUAAACUGGUAUCAAACGAAACUUUAUCACUAUACAAAAAACCUCAAAUUUCCAGCGUUCUUGAUGAAGUGAUUUUGGCACCAAUGGCUAAGGGACAUGGUUUUUACUACGAAAAACAUCCUUAUAAAAAGGGUGCAUGGCUAUUUGGACAUCCAGGAUACGGUGGAAGUAACGUUAUGAUGGAUAUGGACAAUGAAAUAGUUAUAGCAUAUGUAAGUAAUGGUUUGAAGACAGGCAUGGGCGAAUUGACCCGAACAUAUCGCUUGAUAAGGAACGCCGUUUUAUCAUCUGUUUGA